CGUUCGAGAUUGUAUACUUCAAAUUGUAAUAAAAAGAAAUAUUAAAACAUGAUUUCACGAUAGACAAAUUUAAUAUACUCAAUGUCGUUAGCAUUUCCGUUGGGAUAAUUGUGUGAUCGCUUUUAUUGUUAGAUUCAAUAAAACAAAUUUUUAUUUUUUUUUUUUAGAAAAAAUGAAUAAAUUAACAGUUAUUGAAAAAAAUAUGCGAACACAGUUGCGAUGUAUAAUUCGUAUGAAUACGACUAGUGCAAAACAAAAACAAACUCCGACCGAGUAUUGUUUGCAGCUGGUUAGGAAGAGCGAUUAUGAGAACUUUCUAUGUACGCUAUUACUUCCUCGUAGUAUUAAAUCGACGGCUUUUGCUGUACGUGCGUUUAAUGUCGAAGUGGCACAAGUGGAGGAUCAAGUGAGCGACAGUAGGAUAGGUGCUAUGCGAUUACAGUUUUGGACAGAUGCUCUGAACAGAAUUUAUAAUGGUAAUCCUCCGAAGAGUCCGGUGGCAUUGGAAUUACACAGGAUCCUUCAGCAACACAAACUAUCUAAACGUUAUUUCAAGCGCUUAAUUGACGCUCGCUUGAACAAGCUAAGUAGCUCAAUAUUCGUGGAUUUGGAAUCACUCGAAAGAUAUUGUGACUAUACCACAUCAUCAAUUUAUUAUUUACUGCUAGAGGCACAAGGUAUAGCGAACGUCAAUGCCGAUCACGCAGCUAGCCACCUCGGCAAGGCACAUGGUCUAGUCACCUUGAUACGUUCCGUGCCAUAUAAUGCCCGGAAACGAGUCAUGAUAUUGCCACAGGAUGUUCUGCUAAAACACAGCAUCUCCUCUGAAUCCAUCUUUCAGGGACAAUCAAGUGCUGGAUUUAAAGACGCUAUACUUGAAAUUGCAUCUUGCGCUAAGCAGCAUCUGAAAGUGGCGACAUCGCUUAGAAAGACUGCGGGGAAGGAUCUUAACGUGAUAUUUCUACCAACAGUUUGUGCGGAGAAUUAUUUAGAAGAAUUAAAAAAAGUAGACUUCGACGUUUUUCACCCGACAUUACAGAGAAGAAAUGGCAUCCUUCCAUUACAAUUACUGUGGAGAAAAAUGUGGUCUUAGGGUGACUUUGACCAGACUCCAAUUAACUUAAUCAGAGACUGAUUCAAUUGGCAGUUUUGUUGUAAGAUCUCUAGUUAUGUAUAAUUCGUUGUCUCUAAUUUAAUCUUGCUUUUCAUUAAACAACAAAAAGUUUAUUCUAUCCAUAUUAAAAAUUAUUAUAGACAAACUUGUGUUUAGGAUAACUUUGA